UCAUCGACUGUUUACGUCAGUCGUCGUUUGGCCUCCCGCGAAGUUGUUUGCCGCCACAAAGAGCUCGAUACGCGUGCGAAUUAUCGCAUUAUUUAUCGCAUAUUUUCUCCAGUGUUUCGGUGGAUUUACGACACAACGUUAAUUUAUCGGGGAAUGCAUAACAUUUUGUAGAUAUAUAUGUGUGAGAUUACGUAGCGAUUUUCGAGAUUGAGCGAAUCGUCGGACGCGAUCAAGCAAAAUCUUGCUGAAAAAAAACGUCUUGAAGUCGUGACGGUCAAGAUUUUCGGAUAUAUACACGGAAGUUUCUCGUAGCGAAAUAUAGAGGAUUUACGAUGCGACGAUAACCGAAAUAUACGACAUUCGUGAGUAUGCGUGCUUAAUAUCACAUAGCAUUAGAGAAUAAGCGAAUCGUUGACGCGAUCGAGCUAAAUAUCGCGGGAUAAAAAAAAUCUUGGAAACCGCCAUAACCAAGAUUUCUAGAAAUGUACGCGAGCGAAGUUAGCUGUGCUCCGUUAAUAAUCGUUUGGCGCUCGCGACGCUAUUUGCCGUAAGGAGUUCGUCUCGCGCGAGCGGAUAUUUGUUUGUCGCGUUUUCUCUCCGAUAUUUUGGCGGAUUUACGGCGCGACGUUAACCGAAAUAUACGGCAUUCGUGAGUAUAUAUGCGUGAUAUCACGCAGUAUUGGAGAUUGAGUGAAUCGUGGACGCGAUCAAACAAAAUCUUGCUGAAAAAAAAACUGUCUUGAAGUCGCGACGGUCAAGAUUUUCGGAUAUAUACACGGAAGUUUCUCGUAAUGAAAUACAGAGGUUUUACGAUGCGACGAUAACCGAAAUAUACGAUGUGUUCGUGAGUAUAUAUGCUUAAUAUCGCAGCAUUAGAGAAUAAGCGAAUCGUUGACGCGAUCGAGCUAAAUAUUGCGGGAUAAAAAAGUCUUGGAAACCGCCAAAAUUUUUAGAAGUAUACGCGAGCGAAGUUGGCUAUUCCGUUAAUAGUCGUUUGGCGCUCGUGACGCCAUUUGCCGUAACGAGUCCGUCUCGCGCGAGCGGAUACUUGUUUGUCGCGUUUUCUCUGCAAUAUUUUGGCGGAUUUACGGCGGGAUGUUAACCGAAAUAUACGACAUUUGUGAGUAUAUAUGCGUGAUAUCACGCAACAUUGGAGAUUGAGCGAAUGGUGAGCGUGAUCGAACAAAAUCUCGUCAGAUAAAAAACGCCUUGGACGGCCAAGAUUCUCCGAAAUAUACACGAAGUUUCUCCGGGCGAGGUCGCUCCCGUCGUUUCCGUCGAUCAUCGGCACCCGUGACGCGGCGUCUCGCACGCGAGUGUUGUUUAUCGCUUUAUUCCUGUUUUAUGCGUUUAGCCGGAUUUAUAGCGCAACAUUAACCGGAAUGCGUAGCGUUCGUGAAAAAUUACGUAAUAAUCGGAAAUCGGAGUGAGUCACGAUUGUACAAAAUUGUGUAGGAUGAAAACGUUCUAUGCGUUCGGGAGUGAUAAAUCACGAAAAUGAGCUUGCGAUAGGUUUUGCUCGCGUAAUUACGCGUCGAGUGCAUAUAUAUGUGUGUGUGUGAAAUACAAAGAAUCUGGAUAUGGAUGCGGAUUAAGAAUCGAGGAUGUUUGCUGUAGUCAUCAACUUUGAGGUUGGAAUCUCAGUCUCGAAACUGGACAGCAGUGGAAUCUCGAUUUUCCUGAAUCGUCUUUUGAGUGCUGCGAAAUAUGGCGACAACUGCGUACGGGGAGGAUGAAGAAUGGAGCGACUCGGAAAAGACCCCGUCGGUGAGCAGCGGUGUGGACGGUGGCGGAUCGGCGGUAUCGAGUCCAGUUGCGCCGACGGUCGAGGAAGAGUCGAGCGUACCACCUCCUCCAAGACUUAAUCCCGCGUCGUCCUCGGUCAGUUCUUCUGUUAGUGAAGACCUUAGGCUGCGUCUCAGCGUAUUCACGGAAGACCGAAAACGUCUGACCAAUCUUGUCGAAGACAUCGAGGUCGUGAAGAACAAAAGAGACCGCCAUGCGUCGUCUAGUAGCGUGCGGACGCGAGAGUCGAGUCCUAAGGAUCUUGAUGAGGAUCAACCGCAGGUGGUUAAGGAGGAGGAGUGGCAGCCGAGGUCGUCGUCCACCGCUAUUCGGAGACGGGAUUCCGACUGUCGAAGGGACACGGACGAUUCCGCUGCUACCGCGACAGCCGUUACCGAGACGAAGAGGAUGAGACUCGACGACGAGACAGCACCAAGACUGAGACUCAAUGCUAGUCUGGCGACGGAUCCCGCGCUGCGACCCGCCGCCGUCGCCGCCCUUACUGUGAAGCCCGACAACACCUCACCACUGACUCCGACGCCGCCGCUGCCAGCCGGACUACAAAAUGCAAUCGCUUCGGGCCGCCUGUUUGUCUUGCCAACCGACGGCAAGGAGACGAUUACAGUGGAGCCUGCAAGGCCGCCUCCUCCGACCGCCCUGAUUUGUCUGCCAUGCGGCAUCAAGUUUAGUUCGGCUAGCACCCUGGAUGCUCAUCGCACCUUUUAUUGCGCGCAUCGACCCCGCGUGGACGAAGAUACGGCAAACGAUGACGACGAAGAUGGCAGCGGCAAGUCCAACGCUGCUGGCAGCAAGUUCGAAGUGCGAAAGGCAUACGCCUGUCCGCACUGCUCUUAUAGCGCCGACAAGAAGGUUUCCUUGAAUCGCCAUAUGCGGAUGCACGCAGCCUCGCCGGCGCCGCCAACGAUACCGCCGCCAGCGGCGACGGCGACGGUAACGGUGUCGCCAAAUCCGAACUCCUCGUCGAGCAAUCCCGCUACGCCCGGUCAGACGACUGCUGCCAACGGAUCGCUGAACGUGGAGACUGAGAAGUAUUGCAGAAACUGCGAUAUCAAGUUCAACUCAUUGAAGACGUACAGGGCGCAUAAAUCGCAUUACUGCAACACUCGGCACGUUGUGAAGGACGCAUUGCCGACGCCGACGGCGGCACCGGCGUCUUCGGUGAAGACGUCGCCGCCGACCAGCUCGAGCCCCGGCGAAUCGCCUCCCCCGCAACCGUGCCUGGCGCUACCCACCAAUCCAAUCCUGAUCUUGCCGUACUCCCUGUUGCGCGGUGCGAGCGUUCUUGCCGCGCCUGCGUUGCCAACUCCCGACACAGCGUGCUUCCUUUUGCCAAACGGUUCCCUGCAGCCAAUGACGAGAGGUCUUACCCCCGCGACUCAGAACACGGUGGUGGAACCACUUGUUCUCAGGGCGGCGAAUAAACCGACAACGCCGGCGUCGAUGGUCGUAGCGGCGUCCACCUCGCCUUCCGCCUCGACUCCCCUCGAUCUCAGCGUACGCAGAUCGCCGGAGCAUCAGGACGAAAAGGAGGACAGGAUGUCGCCGACGCCAUCGUCUCUACCACCGCCGCAGGGUAGUCCUAGAUCCCGCGGCAGUGGUAGUCCCAGGACACGAUCCGUCGGACCGAGCCAGAGCGUUGCGGGCGGCGCCGUCGUCCCGCCCGCACCCGCUGAGCUCGCCCUGAGACUCGCCGAAUUGCCGCCACCACCCGUUCCCGGAGUGCUUGUCAAACAAGGCGUGUCUAGAUGCAAAGAGUGCAAUAUUGUCUUUUGCCGACACGACAACUUUGUCGCGCACAAGAAACAUUACUGCCAAGCUAGAGAGACGACGGUGAGCAACAGUCCGCCACCCCCGGGUACGCCAAGUCCGCCAUUGGUGCAGCUAAUCUGUGCGGCGUGUGGCAUCAAGUUCGCCUCCAUGGACAAUCUGGUCGCUCAUCAAGCGUUUUACUGUCCCAAGAGGCCCGAGCCUCAGGAGCACCACACGCGGUGUUCCAAGUGCAAGGCGAUAAUAGAACCCGGCGGAAAUCAUACCUGCGCGAGUGGCGGCACGGGCGGCUGGCGGUGUCCGGUCUGCGGCGCCGUCAGUCCCACAGCCGGCGCGGCCCAGCGUCACAUGGACUCCCAUCAGGGUGUUAAAGCCUUCCGCUGCAAGAUAUGCACUUACAAGGGCAACACUCUGCGCGGUAUGAGAACCCACAUCCGGAUGCAUUUCGAGAAACGUGUCAGCGAUCUACAGGAGGAGAACUACAUAAAUUGCGUGUUGGAUGACGAGACAACGUUGCCAACGGCGGAGCCGGCGGCCGCCACAACGCCGGAGGAGAUCCCUACAGAGGUUCAAGUGAACGGCAAGAUGGAAAUCAGGAAGAGUCCGCAGCCGCGAGCGGCGCUGCCGCCGCCACCACCGACGCAGGUGAUCGCCGAUAAGGCAGUGAAGCAGGAACGCGAGGACACGCCGCCGCCACCACCCGAGGAGAGUCUGGACCCCACCAAGAGCGGGCCGCGCUACUGCCGCUCCUGCGACAUCAGCUUCACCUACCUGAGCACCUUCAUCGCUCACAAAAAGUUCUACUGCUCGAGCCACGCUGGUGAGGCCAGCAACAAUAACAACAACAACAACAGUAAUAAUAACAACAACAACGCGAGCGGCCACUCGACGACGCCGCCGAGCAGUAGAGCUGAAGCGUCGGUGCUUUAAAACCGGAGCCUCGCCAGGAUGACUUCUCCACACCGUUCGUUUAACUUCCCGCAGGACCUCUUCGAGAUUUUCGGAGACACUUGAAAAUCUACGAAUCUAUGCAAAACAAUAUUUUAGGAAUAGUAUUUCCUAAAGUGUGAUCGUUAAAAAUUGACUUUUUUAAAUAAUUAAUGCGAAAUUGUUUUGUCGAGAAAAUUUUGUUAACUGUAUAGAAUACAGUUUUUUCAUUUGAUUAAAUUUCUCCUCAACAUAUUUUAUUGUAUCGUUAAUUUCGAAAUGAGAAGUUUCGAGUAUUUAUUAGAUUUUAUUAGAUUACACAAAAUUUUUAACGAUUUCAACUAAGAAAAGCAUCAGAUUUUCUUCGAAGAGGUUCCGGAAAGAGAGAGAAACGAAACGUGAGAGGCGCGAUGACAAGCUAAAGAGGGGACUGUUAAUUGUUGCCAGUUUAUACAUAAUAUAAUGAACGACUUAUCGGACUUCUUAGUUGACUACUACGUUGUGUGAUUUUUGUUGAUCCAGGGAAUCGUUCGUACUUAUAAGCCGAAGGUAUCUACGUGUACAUAUAUACAUAUAUGUGCGUGCGUGAGGGCGAGUUCGCAAAAAAAGGCUGCAGACAAAGCCGCGAUUAUUUCAUAUAAAUUAAUCUAGAAACGUAACAGAUAAAUUAUAUGAAAGGCAAUGGAGAACGAAUAAAUGAAGUUUAAUAGCGUUAAAGGGUGCUAAUUUUGAUUUCGUGAUAAAAUAAUAUCUUUUAACGCACUUUCUAAAAUAUCAGGUAUAUGUUAAUAUUUUUUUAAAUUUAACAUUGUUAAAUUAAUUUAAUUGAAUAGCCUUUAUUUAAUGGAGAACGAUGGAUUAUUUUACAAAUUCAAAAAAGUUUGCGAGUGUAACUUAUAUUUAAAAAUGAAUAGCCAGUUGCGGCUCUGUUUGCAAACGAUCAUCUCGGCGAUCGUAGCAAUUCGGCAUUCUCGAUUUGAAGAUGCCGAAGAUCAGCGACGAGACGCUACAUCGUCCUGUAUAUAUAAAAAAAUUUGACGAAUUCGGUAAAUCGCGGAGGAAGGAAAAAAAAGAAAAAGCGUGACUGGAGCUCCGUGAAUCGGUUCCGGGCGAGAGGA